AUGGCAACCUCAGGCCAUGCGUCCGGGAGGGAUGUUGAAGUGAAGCACGUGACAAUCUCGCCAGCAAGUUCAAACCCCAAGCUGGAGUUUUCCCGCAAUUUCGAGCAGGUCUUCAAGCCCUCAUCAUCACUGAGCGGCGCAUUCCGGCACCACGAGGCGUUCAACGCAAAUUACAGAAGCAAACUUCCUGGAAAAAUCGUUGCAACAUCCCGCACGACUCAACAAACGGGACUGUCACGUGCGUCGAAGGGCCUCAUUUCCGCCAUUAUGACCGCCUACAACACUCACUGCGCUCUAGAAGUCAGCCCGGACGACGUGUGGUUGACGAUCCUCUCCCAGUUCUGCGCAUACGUCAACAAGAACGCCGAAGGGUUGCGCGACAGGGUGGUUGGGCAUGAGGGCAAGAAGAAGCUGACAGUGGAAGGGUACGGGUCGUUGGAAACGGCCGACUAUGCGAAGUUGAUCAAGGAUCUCUUAGGACAAAUCAGGCAGAACAUCAAGUCCCCCGAGCUGGCGGACUGGUUCCGCCCUGGGUUCUCUACUUCUACGGAGACAGACGAGGUGUGCGCGGCGGCAACAGCUAUGGCGAGCCUGCAGGCAUACUUGGAGUAUACAAUGCGCCUCAAGUGCGGCAUUCCGUCGGUGACCCUGAUGGGCACAGUUGAGGACUGGAAGCUGCUGCGGGAGAAGAUCGAGCGAAUGCUUGAGUUCGAGGUGCUGGACAACCCGGAGGGCAAGGUGAUGGAGGUGUGGGUGGGAUACCUGAGGAAGGUGUGCGACGGGUUCGUGGAGUCGGCGGAGCACCCGGACAGCGCAGCGACGGUCGACUUCUGGGACAAGGUUCUCUCGCAAAGUGGGGGCUCGGGAGUAAACUACACGACAGGCUGGGUGUCCACCUUCUCGUGCUUCGACAAGGACGGCAACUUCAUCGGGAAGAACACCGGCAUGGGCGGGGAGUUCCCUCUCAUUAGUUCCCUUUGCCACAAUGUUGUCUCGUGCCCUGUUGUCAUCGACGAUAACGGGCAUGAGUAUGACGCUACCUUGUUUACUGGCCAGGUGGCCUUUAAGGCAGAGCGAGGCGCCGAGGGGGGGCAUCCGACUAUCCGCCCGCGCAACGACUGGUGUCUGGCCGUGGUAGAGAAAUAGAGAGGUUGAUCACAUGUAGAGUGCGUUGAUCUACAUAGAUGAGUUUCGUGAGAGGUCGUCGGUAGAGAAGAAGGAAUCGAAUGUUUGAGGUGUGAGCAAUUGUUGCCACGCGUAUGUAGUACGAUUGAUGGUGAUACUGAUAAACAGCAUGUUUCAGAGUUUUGGGAUUAUCAGGGGUUCGCGCUGUGGCGAAUGGCAAGCAACUAGUAGGAAGACGGAUGUUGGCCAGGUAAAAACAUAUGCGUGGUGUAUGACUCCGCAUUGUAGUGUCCCGGAGUAGGUAACCCAACAUCGUACGAUAGGUGUGAUAACUGGUGGGUAGACUGUCGCGAAUUUUGAGAGGAUGGGAGAAUAUCAUUUGAGCAUGACGUUCAUGUUUACUUCUUGGGUGUGCUCAUGCCGCGAGCUGAUAUCCGUACGCUGUAAUCUGAGGCUCUGGAUGGCGUGACGAAAACACCAGUAAAUUGAGAGUGGUACUCCUCGUGU